AUGCGUCUGUCUGCAGCGCUCGUCGCCCUCGGCGCGCAGAUUGCCGCUGCCGUCGUGUCCCUGGAGGUCAAAGGCAGCGAUUUUGUCAACCCCAAGACCGGCGACCGCUUCCAGGUCGUCGGUGUUGCCUACCAACCCGGUGGCUCGGCCGGCUACAACCCGGAGCUCGGCUUCGACCCCCUCAGCGACGGUGCCAAGUGCCUGCGCGAUGCCGCCCUGAUGCAGAUUCUGGGCAUCAACGCUGUCCGCGUCUACAACCUGGAUCCUAACCUGAACCAUGAUGAGUGCGCAAGCAUCUUCAACGCCGCCGGCAUGUACAUGAUGAUCGACGUCAACUCGCCUCUUGUCGGCGAGUCGCUCGACGGCACCGCUCCCUGGACCACCUACACCUCAAGCUACCUGAACCGCACCUUUGCCAUUGUCGAGGCCUUCCGCCACUACCCCAACACUCUGCUGUUCUUUGCCGGCAACGAGGUCAUUGCUGAUGCCUCCAGCGGUGCUAUCGACCCUGCUUACGUCCGCGCAGUGACUCGUGACAUCAAGAACUACAUUGCCAAGCACUCCGACCGCGUCAUCCCCGUCGGCUAUUCGGCCGCCGAUGUUCGCACCGUCCUUUUCGACUCCUGGAACUUCUUCCAGUGCGCGGAGAGCGGCGACGCCAACGACAACAGCCGUGCCGACAUCUUUGCCCUCAACAGCUACAGCUGGUGCGGUGACAGCAGCUUCACCACCAGUGGCUACAACACGCUGGUUGCCGGCUUCACUGGCACCUCCAUCCCCGUCUUCUUCUCUGAGUACGGUUGCAAUGUUCCCGCGCCCCGUGUCUUCACCGAGGUCGGCACCAUCUACAGCGACCAGAUGAUGCCCGUCUUCAGCGGCGGCGUCGUCUACGAGUACGCCAACGAGGUCUCAGACUUUGGUCUUGUCAACAUCAGCUCCGACGGUUCCGUCGACAUUCUCCAAGAUUUCUACACCCUGCAGAACCAGUACGCCAAGGUCGACUUCAAGACCAUCCAGUCCACCAAGGCUAACAGCUCCGUCACCACCCCGCCCGUCUGCAGCUCUAAGCUCAUCACGACAAAGGGCUUCGAGACCAACUUCACCCUGCCUGCCCUGCCCCCUGGUGCCGCCGCCAUCCUGUCCAAGGGUGUGAAGCCCACCCCCAGCGGUGAGAUCAUCUCCAUCUCCAACUGGAACGUCAACUACACCGUCCGCAACCCCAACGGCACCAUCCUCAGCAACCUCGCCGUCAAGCCCCUGUCCAGUGACGCUGUCAACUUGCCCGGCAGUAACACUGCCUCGAGCACUGGCACCGCCACUUCUUCCUCGGGCAGCUCUUCCUCCUCUCCCAAGAAGAACGCUGGCCUUGGCCGCGCCGAUCUGAUCUGGGCCCCCGCCGUCGCACUUGGUGCCGCUCUGCCCGCUCUCUUUACUCUGCUCUUGUAA